UUUCAUUUCACUCUCAAGUCUCAAACCCUCUUCUCUUCCCCAUAAAAAUCUAUCCCUCUUUCUUCCAUAUACAACUCAACCACUGCAAUUCGAUUAAAAUCCCGGACCAGACCAUGCAGUACAAGAACCUGGGUCGGUCGGGCCUCAAGGUUUCCCAGCUUUCGUUCGGUGCUUGGGUCACCUUCGGCAACCAGCUCGACGUGAAGGAGGCCAAAUCCAUCCUCCAAUGCUGCCGCGACCACGGCGUCAACUUCUUCGACAACGCCGAGGUCUACGCCAACGGGCGGGCCGAGGAGAUCAUGGGCCAGGCCAUGAAGGAGCUGGGUUGGAAGCGAUCGGACAUCGUUGUCUCCACCAAGAUCUUCUGGGGCGGUCCCGGCCCGAACGACAAGGGCCUCUCCAGGAAGCACAUAGUGGAGGGGACCAGGAACUGUCUGAAAAGGCUAGAUAUGGAGUACGUGGACGUGCUCUAUUGCCACCGGCCCGACAUCGGAACCCCGAUCGAGGAGACGGUGAGGGCCAUGAACUAUGUGAUCGACAAGGGGUGGGCCUACUAUUGGGGGACCAGCGAAUGGUCCGCCCAGCAGAUUACGGAGGCCUGGGGCGUGGCUGAGAGGCUAGAUCUCGUGGGCCCAAUCGUUGAGCAGCCUGAGUAUAAUCUGAUAUCAAGGCAUAAGGUUGAGUCUGAGUACGUUCCUUUGUACAAUAAUUAUGGUCUUGGCCUCACCACAUGGAGUCCGCUUGCAUCUGGAGUUCUUACAGGGAAGUACAACUCAGGAAAUAUUCCACCCGAUAGUAGGUUUGCCUUAGAAAAUUAUAAGAAUCUUGCUAGCAGAUCAUUGGUAGAUGAUGUGCUGAAGAAAGUGAAUGGGCUAAAACCAAUUGCAGACGAGCUGAGCGUGCCUCUAUCUCAGCUUGCAAUUGCUUGGUGUGCAUCAAAUCCGAAUGUUUCAUCUGUUAUUACAGGUGCCACCAAAGAAUACCAGAUUCAAGAGAACAUGAAGGCUAUAAAUGUUAUUCCAUUGUUGACACCUGAUGUGAUGGAGAAAAUCGAGGCUGUUGUUCAAAACAAACCUAAGCGCCCAGAUUCCUACCGAUAGAAAGAGAUUAUGUGAUUCUCGAUGAUCUCUGGCGGCCUUCUUUUGCUGUUUGUUUGGCAACUGUUGGGUUUGAAAGCUGAAAGAACUGAAAGAUUGUAGCCGCUUUAUGAACUGUCGUUCGUGGUUCCGGUUUGGUUUUGCAACUGUUGGUAUAUUCAUUCAAGAAAAUUGUAGUACUUCAUCAUGGUUUGGUUUUGAACUGUUAGGUAUAUUCAUUCAAGAAACUUCUUGUAUUCCCUCGCAGUUUCAGCAUCUCCACUAUAGCAUAUUAUCAUCUUUCGUCUUUAAUGUAGUAUAUACGGCGCAUUUAAUGUGAGUUGACAUCAUAGGGGCGUGCGAAAUGUUACUAUAAAUAGACACAUUUAAUUCAAUACGUGGAUUCGAUCCCGACACAUUAAAUUCGAGCAUUCAAUACUUUGGUUUUCUCGGAGAUUGACCUCUUGUACUAGAAAACUGACUUCAAUAAACUCAAUAAAUAUCCAACUUUCUGCGAUUCCUGUUAUUG